CGCAUCGACACCCACUCAACAAGCUAAGGAGAGAAGAGAACGAGAGACACAGUGCAGACACAGCCACGGGUGGCUGAUCACUAUCACCGUCAAAAUGGAGGCACCAAUGAUUUCCCUCCAACACCGAUUUGUAUAGGCAACGAUGUCUUUUCCGUUCAGCAGGGGCUCAGAAGAAUGAGUGGCUGAAUGUGGCCCAGAUCAUUGUCAUGCACUACAUCAUGCACCAGCAGAAAUGACGCACACACCACCAGACACGCAGUGCACACACCAGUCCACCCGCCCGACAGUCAGCUACUUCAAGCUGUGUCUUUGCUUGACGUCAGCCAGCCGCCCUGCAGAACACACAUCAACAAACACACACAAUGGACACACAUACAUCAGGUCCUCUGCAUCAUGUGUGUGGCCCUCACCUUCUGUCUACGGUGCCUGGCCGUCGAGGAUGAUGGGGGCGAUGGGGCCGAGGACGCGGCGGGCCUUGGCAGCCGUCAGGGGGAAUCGCUGUGCGAAGGGCGCGUCAUUGGCCACACCUGCUGCUGGCGCCUCGGUGGUAUAGAUGGCUACGCCCACUGCACGCAAACGAUAGCAGAUGUACGGACACAGUGACGGCAUGGGGGUGUUGUCGAGUUGCUGUUCUUUUCCGUGUAAGCGUACCGUUCCGGCUGUCGCCUGGAGGGGUGCCCAUGGCAAUGAAUGCGAUGAAGGGGUCAUCGAACGACGUCAGCUCAUGCGAUUGCCCACACAGCCCACUGACCGCCUCGUAUACCGUCAGGUGUGAGCAGUCGUCGAGUGGCGUAUGAGGCGGUCGGAUCAGCAUACGAUCCAAAUGACCACCACGCACACUCCUGAGAUGCAGACACAUGUUUGACAUAUAGUAUAGACCACAUGCCCUAACGAGGUGUGCCAUCUUUACCCACUCACCUGUCAACCGCCACUAUUGGCGACUGGUACAUGCCGCUCACAGCCAU